AGCGGCAACAGCAACAGCAGGAGGAGGCGAAUAAUAUGGCGUCUGCGCCACGGAUACGACGACGCCGAUGCAAAUUUAUAGGAACUUGGUUGUCCCACAAGCAAUUCGCGACCUGGCUAACGCCAGUUCGCGGUGAUGAUCACAAAGCGUACUGCGCGCUCUGCGACAAGGUGUUUUCCGUUGCCCACGGAGGCCUGCACGACGUGCGAGCCCAUUGGAAGGGCAAACGUCACAUCGGCCUUCAAGCAACAAUCGGGAACACCGACGACGUCCCUAGCCAAUCCGAUCAGGUCCCUUCCCAAGGAGCAGGACAUCAUCACGACCACCACCACCACCACCACCACCAUCUGCAGCUGCUGCAACCGUCUCAAUCCCAGCCACAGCUACUUCCCGGUACUUCCUAUCAGGUCCACCAACUGCUCCUCAAAAGGAACUCUCUCGGAAAUCUCGAGUUCAGCGAGCAGAAUGGUGAGAAAUUAUAAAAAGAAGGUGGAGCGACAACGCUGGUCCAAAGUCUCGAUGCAGGCGGCGAUUCAAGCGGUUCUUAACGGUUCGAUGGGGUACAAAAGGGCUGCCACCCAAUUUCACGUACCUCGAACAACCCUGGAACGACACGCUAAGAAGACGCGAGAUAACCCAGAAUCCGCGCUAAAGAAAACUCUGCCCGGAUCCUGCAGUCGUGUUUUCAACGAACAGCAGGAGGCCGAGCUUGUACAACGUUUGAAUAAAAUGGCGGGUCAACUUUCCGGUCUCGAACUUAACGAGCUUCGCGAUGUUGCUUUCCGAUUGGCCCGGCGCAAUAACCUCGCUCAUCCGUUUGGCGAGGAUGGAAAAGCGGGAAUAGAAUGGGUCAGAGGAUUCAUGGCUCGACUGCAUCCUCACUUAGCCCUACGAAGACCUGACGAAGCUACAUCGCUGACUCGCGCGAUCGACCUCAACAAGGAAAAUAAAUUGGUGGUCCGACAAAAAGUUGACGGCAAAGAAGACGGUAACGCAAAAUCGAACAGCAGCAAUUACGGAGGAGAUUCACUGUGGCUAAAAGGAGAUUUGGAGGAGCUAGUCGAGGCAGAGGAUAUUCAAGAAAUCGACGAGUUCGAAGACUCGGACAGGUUCGAAUUCGAACAUCAAAUAAGCGACUGGUCCUACCUCGACGAGGACGGGGACGAGGGCACUGUGACUGGGGCAGAGGAAGGCGACGAGACGGUGAACUACGGCGGGGAGGGAGGAGAAGUGGUGCCCAGCUUGCGCAUGCUGCAGCAGCGAGGCGGUUCAGCGUCAGCAUCAGCGUCAGCAUCCAGCGGCAACAUGUUCCCUCAACAAUAUUGUCUACGAUGGAAAUAUCAUCACAGCAACCUACAGACCAUGUUCUCACAGCUCCUAGAGCGGCAGGCCUACUGCGACGUGACGCUUGCCUGCGAGGGACAAACCCUGCGUGCACACAAGGUGGUGUUAUCAGCUUGUAGCACAUACUUCGACACUAUCCUAUCAGAAUAUGCGGAAAGGGAUCCUAUUGUCAUCAUGCGCGACGUUAAAUUUGCCGAUAUCAAAGUUCUCGUCGACUUCAUGUACAAAGGAGAGAUAAACAUCGAUCAUACGAGAUUAUCAUCUCUACUAAAGACUGCAGAAGAUUUGCACAUCAAGGGUCUGGCUGAGGUCAGCUGGCGUAGUGAUUCAGUACAAAAUGAUAUGAGCAACAGUGGUCACAGCCCAGGAGCAGCUACUCCAGGAGUAGAAACAGUUCUCAGGGAAGGUGAUGCAGAGGAGUCCUCACCGCCUAAACAAAGACGCCGAGGUCGUCCACCUCUCGACGAUCCCCCAUCUGCUCAUGAUGUUUUCACACCAAAGGUCACCUGCGUUACUGGCAAUGUCGGCUCGGAUGAUACCUUCAAUGUAACACAGGAAGAAAUGAUGAGCGAAGGAGACCAUGAGAGUUGGGAUGGUGAUAUGGUGCUGUCUGAAAAUAACGAAACCCCAUUACCAGUGUUAUCUUACAUGUCUAAAGACGAUUCAGCCACUCAAGACCAAGAUAAGAAAUCAUCCUUGACGACGUCUAAUUCCAAUGCUACAAACCCAGCGAUUCCAGAGCAAUUCCGAGAUGUGGUGAAGAUGAAUGACUACUUGACAACCGGACGUCGCCAAGAAUUUUGGGAAGAACCAUUCACGCGACGUGUCAUGGAUGCUAUCAAAAGCAAGGAAUUGGAAAUGAAGACGGCAGCUGAAAUUCUCGGUGUCUCUUAUGGAACCUUAUACGGUAGAUACCGUGACAGCUAUGGUUGCCUUAAACACCCAUACAGAGUGAGAGAUUUCUGGUCAGAACCGGGCCCUGCUGAAGUGUUGGCAAAAUUACGAAGGAAGGAAAUAACCUUAUUUCGGGCUGCCGAAUACCUCAAUGUAACUGUACAAACACUCGCCACAUACUUAUCGACGUUACAAGGACCGGACAGGCUGUCUCUUUCGGGAGAACUAGCUGGACCGAUAUCAGCAAUCGACGGUGGCAGUGAAACGGAAAAUGAUGCAGUGAAUGAUAUUCUUCAAAAAAUAAAUGCCAACGUAGCUUCGGUCGCUCCAAACAUUUCCACAGCAACUCCUAUAAAACGGGAAGGGGGUGGAUUCGUGGACGUUCCAACACCAAUACCUAAAGCAGCAACUUCGGUUCUUGAAAAUAAUCCUGAUAUAACUAUAGUUAAAACGGAAAGUAUGCCUCGCAAGCGGGAGUAUUCGAAAGUUCCAAAUUCAGAGAAUAACAAUGCUAAGUUAAUGAGUGGUGGCGGUGUAAGCGAAGUGUCGCAACAAAAGCUCUCCGACUCGCUAUCCUUGAACAGUGACAACAGCAAACCCUAACUAUUCAGGCCUUACUUGGCCCCGAUGAAUCCCAUCACACCCAAUGCCAGCUACGCAUCUGCGCUUUGUCCGCGAAGAUUUUAUUCUAACGUUUUUAGCAGGUUUUUAACCAAUUUUCAUUUAAAGUAGCCACAGACGUACCGACUCCAUUUACUUACCUAAUAUUUUUUUCUCGGCAUUUAAUGUGUUUGUUUUAAUUUUCUUUUAAUUUUUUUUUUCCGUCUUUUGCACUUCAUUGAUUAAACGGAUUCUUUUGUGUUACAUUGUACGAAAUGGCAAUGGCUUGUGGUUAGUUACAUCCGGUGACAGAUAUUUUAUCGCUGCGGGGAUAACUUAUUUGGUUAGUCUGAUUUGCCCUACUUUUAUUUUUGUUUGUUUUUUAGUUAUAAUCAAUCAUGAUACUUUGGCUGAGAAACUUUUUUUCAUUGUGUCUUUGGCACAAGAAAUAUUGAAACAAUUUAAUUUUUGACGACCCUCUGCUGUAAUUUAUAUGCCUAAUAUUUAGAUUAGCCAGAUUCGAUCGUGAUCAAGAAAAUUUAUGUCAAUCAUCACUUCAAACGUGAUAAGCGUUGAGAAAAUCAUGCGUCAUAACAGUAAUUCAAUGGCACAUCAAUAUCUGUAGAUUUUUUCAUGCCACACAUAAUAAACAGAAAAUAAUCCAGAAAUAAUGUCAACCGAAUGUUGAUAUGAAUGAGAGCUUUAAAUAAUAGAAAACAUAAAAUAUGUUUUGUAUAAUUCCAUAUUCAAGAAAGAUUGAUUCAUUUAAAAAAUUGAAUGGUACGUUGCUUGGGGAAUAUUGCACGAGCUACGAAAAUACAGAUAGGUUUAGUUUCGAUUGAAUGAAUAGCACUUUUACCAAGAUAAUCUCGUCGUUUAACAAAUUGAACUUAAACUUACGUGUAGUGAUGACCAUGUCCAUGUGUAACAUGUAAAAAAAACUUUGACUAGCGCGUAUGAUCGUACAAUUUCUUAUUUCUCUUAUAAUCAGCUAAAAUACCGCACUCAGAUGUUUAGUAACAUCGUUAAGACUAAAUGCGAGCUUUUGUUUUUAUAGAAAUUUUAAGUGGUUUUUAUUUACUGAUUAUCAUUGGUAUCAAAGAUAAACAUUUCUUUGACACGAUACGAAGCAUAAGUAACGUCCAUUGUAAAUAUCGGUGCAAUAGUGAAACCUAAAAUUAAUAUUAUUUUGUCACAAAGUGUUUAAAUGCUAUUUUAAAAAGAGAAGAUAUACCUGCUUUUAAUCAUGCAAUUAUUAUUGUUUUUUAAAAAAGUUAUUGCAUUAUAUUUGGCAAGGUAUAUCUUGAUCAUCGUUGUCAAUGCCUUGUUGGGGUUACCAACUCGCAUUUCAAAUUAGGCUUAAUAUUUUCAUUUGUGUGUGUGUUCAUUUCAAUUUGGUAUCUACCGGCGUGGAUGCUCAAUAUACGAAGCACACGUUGACCGUACUCACGAGAUAAUGACUGGAUAUGAGUAUUCCUGCUUGCUAAAGGUGAAUAAUAAUAAGACAUAACAAUAUAAUAGAGGUAUAUCCAUAGCACAUUGAUAUUUUUAAUGAUAGAAAGCAAAACAAAUUUUUCGUACACUCUGAACAUCAAUAAUCGGGAUGUACGUAAAGUAGUUGGCUAGAUAAGCAAACAAUCCAGUAGUUGAAAACCAGCUGCAUUCAUUUUACACCCAAUUUGGUUAUGAUUUUUAUUAAAUAUUUUUUCAAAUCGUACCACAGCGAUCUAAGUACUCGGUGUUAGUUUAGCGCGAAAGCCAGGUAUGCGUACACAUGUAUAACUCAUUUCUUCUUCUUUCGAUUGCAAAUACUUCUAAGAAUUAGAAGAACUGUGAUUGAAUAUGUUCAUAUAUUGAAUGAAACACCCGUGUAAAAAAUAGAUAAAGAACAGAAUGUUAUUUUCAUCAGGGAUUUGCUAAUGUGAAAGUAAAGUUUACAAAUUCUUGUAUUUUAACGUUGCGUGCUUUUUCGUUGUUGUUAACAUGUUUAUACGUGUUUCCAAUUACUGUACGAAUACUCUACAACGGUCACGUUAAAUUAUAAGUUUCUGAUUAACUACUAUUUUCAUCAUAUUCAAUUCAAUCUUCAAACGAUUGCCUAAAUACAAAAGUAGAUCUGCUCAUCAUCACGAAUAAUUUAAAUUUCAACAAACUCAUUACGUCUCAUUGAACUUACUGUAUUAAGUACAUGGUAAUAUUAUUAUUAUCAUUAUUAUUAUUAUUUUCUUUUUUUUCUUUUUUUUUUGAAUAAAAUAAGACUAAGACAUACCAAAUGAACAAAAAAUGUAACGACAAGUUUUGUUAGGAUAGUUCUAUCGCAUAUCAAGAGAGCGAAAAUACAUGCUGAAGCUCUCUGUAUUGCCUACGCACGCCCCGAAGAUUAGUUAUAUUGGGGCGCACAAAGACCACUUUUACUCUAGCAAGAGUAUACGACUAGAAGUAUUAAUAUUAAAUAUUAAUGAACAGUACAGCGGUUCGCAAGUAAAUGGCUACGUUUUUAAAAUUAUAUAAACAUACGCUUGCAUGUGAUCUAUUUAAGAUAAAAUACAUACUAUAAAACUAUUUUACAACAAACAACCGAGAAGAUUCCUUAUUUAUUACUUCUUCUUCAUGAUUAAUUUUCAUUUAGUAUUAUUCCGAACAAGCAACUCCAACUUUCAAACUUCACCGUCGCAUUUUUAAUGUUAUUAAACCUCAUACAUAAUGAAUCUAUGCAAGGAAGUAUCAACCUAACGCAUCUAUUAUUCUGAUUAGUUUGCAAAUUCUGACACAAUUUCAAUUAAUUGAGCAAACUGAAAUUAGUCAGUUUGUAUGUAAGUAAAAAAGGGCAAUUAAAAGUUAACAGGUUACAAAGUAACCUAUUGUUUUAAAUUGAAACACGAGGACGGAUCUAAGGUGGAUUCGUUGUAAUAUAAUAAUAAUAAUAAUUGAAAGCAACCAUCGAGUCUUCAUUUUAUUUAUUUAAACUUAAUGACUUGAGUAAUGAUGUAUCGCAUUUCCAAAAAGGAAAGGAAAACGGGGAAAAAGCUGUAUUAAAAUAAUAAUGCAUAUAAUUGUUUAUGAUUAAGUGUUUCAUUAAUGUUACUUUAUAGCCAAGGUAUAAGGUAGUAGUUUUCAGUACAAAGAGGAGCACUUUAGUUCUUAUUUAUCAAAAUGGUGUAAAAGAAAGAAAAGGAUAAAAAAAAAAGAAAAAGAAAAAAGAUAAAUUAUUCGAAGAUGCUAGUUAUAAAUUUUUUUAAAUGUGGCCACUCGCUUGAAAAUCUCUGUAUUGAUUGUCACGUAAACAGAAAAUAAAACGUGCUGUGUAUUUUGUGAUGCAUGCGCGUGACCACAUUGACAUAGUACUACGAGAAGACAGGACAAGACUAGCCUAUUGGCAAAUGUAGAUUGCCAUUUACUAAGGGCUAUCACACCAUGAGACUAAUAUCGAUAUCAUUAAUUACAUGUGUCGUUUGAUAUAAAGAAAAAAAAAAAAAAUGAGUAAUGAGUAUAUAAUUACGUAUAAUCAAUCGUUUUAUACACAAACCUAAUUAUAAACUACUACGUACACUAUGUACAUUCCUAGUAUACACACGCUCUUCACUCUCUCUCAUGUACACAAUUACAUAUACAUUACAUUUAGUGAAUACAUAAAUACAUACAUACAUUAUACACACAUAAAAACGCAUAUGGACCUAUAUUAUAUAUUUAUAAUAAUUAUAGUUAUUCUACAACGGACCACCGCAGCAUCAAAAAACCAUAUACCGAGAUCAUUAAAUUAAUAAACUCAUCGAUAAAGCGCAUCUUUUUCACCUAGAGACUAGAACAUUUGUUCGAUCUAAUCAUCUAGAACUCGUUAGAAAGAAAGUGUGUCUCGUGUAUACAACCAAAUAUAUUUAUCCAUGAAAAUUCAACUUAAAAUGGAAAUAUUUUGAGACUUUUAUUGCUUUUAAACAUAUUUCACCAUUCUGCACCAUUCAUUUUCGUAUAAUUAAUCAUGUUUUAUUAUUGGCAUCGCUCGAGUUGACUGAUAAUUUAUGUGUGACGUAUACCUGAGAAUUUUCUUUCACGCGUUUCUACAGGAUUCAAUCGCAGGCUCCCAUAUGCUUAGUUUUUUAAAUUUAUUUAGUUGAACGAGUAUUAUUAUUAUAACACUCAAUCAUGUUCAUCGAGGAACUUUGUCGCGUUGUAGUCGAGAAAGUACCUCGAUGUUGCUCAUGCUUGUGACAAGAGGUUUUAUACAUGAGAUACAAAAUGAGGCAUCGAUAUUGUUCAAGUGCGAAUACACCAUACAUCAAAUUCAUAUAAAAAUCCAUGAUAUAAAUUCAGUAUAGCAUGAAAAAUACCGGAUGUAUUUGCGCGCAAAUCACCGUAGUAAUCAAUCCCAGCGAUAAAAAUACAAGAAUGAAAAAAGAUAAACACCGAGCCUUCAUACAGUUACAUACAUAUACUGACCUUACUUCAUUUUAGUCUGAUAUUUCAAGAUUCAAGAGCAUGAUAUUAAUAAAUGGUAAGAAUGUGUUAAAAAGUGGACGGAAGAAGAAAAAAUAGCUUGAAUCGUACUCUUCAAUUAAGAAAUAUCAAUUAUUAGCCAAAGUUAGGUUUUGCGUUUACUCUUAAUUCUAUCACACACGAUAUAUUAUAUGUUUGACGUAUAGUUAUUUUAAUAAUUAUUAUUAAUUAUAAUUAUUAUUAUUUUUGAAGUAUAUAUUAUUAUAAUCGUGGUAAUUUUUAGACUAGAGAACAAUAUAUUAGCAUAUAGAAAUUAAAGUAUACAUAAAAGUAAGGAAAAUAAAAUAAAAUAAAAUAAAAUAUAUAUAUUGAUAAAAUAUUGUUGAGGUCGCGCCCAGAAGAUUGAAAGGAAGUGCAUACAAUGCUGGGAAUAAAUGAAUGGAAUUAUAGGAGAGUUAAAACGUUAAAGGAAAAAAAAUGGUAUAAAAGCAGCUUAGAUUGCGAUAUGUAGCUAAUCAGGCUGCUCGCGGAGAGCAUUCAUUGAUUGAACAAAAAAAAGAAAAAUGAAAAACAAUAAACAAAAAUAUGAAAAAAAAAAUCAGUAAGUGUAAAUGUUUGUAAACAAAUUAUGAAACAUUAUUUGUUCAGUGCCUACAUAUUUACACAGUAAUAAUAAACAUGAAGAUUAGUGAUA